AUGGGGCCGCUGCUUGCGCUCCUGCUGCUGCUCCUGCUGCCACCGCGCACCGCACCCGCGCCCCGCGCCCGGCAGCUUCCAGGGCUUCUCGGCUGUUUAUUCGAGGAUGGCCUCUGCAGACCCUCUGAGACCUGCGUGAACGAUGGAGUGUUCGGAAGGUGCCAGAAGGUUCCAGUGAUAGACGCACACCGCUAUGAAGUGUCCCCGGCGGUUCUGCAGCACCUGGCAGCCACCUUGCAGAGGCUCUCCCGAGCAGGCUUCCCGUGGCAGGACGACUUCGCCCAGCACGUGGUGGCCCAGGAACUCUCAAACUUCCCCUUCCCGCGGCAUCUGGACACUCCCAGCAUGGCCAGAGCCUCGGAGCAGAGCGCGCAGGAGGAGAGGAGGGCCGGCCUGGAGGACGCCGGGGGUCUGGCCAGGGCCGUCCAGCGCUACCUGCUCUCCCUGGAGGCCCUGUCGCAGGCGGCCGCGCCGGACGUGCGCCCCCGCACCAGGCACGACAGGCCGUCAGCGCAGGGUGAGGACCCCCUUGCUGACAGCGUGCUGACCUUCAUGGCGCAAACGUCUGCUCUGACUUAUGCUCCUGGGCCCGGGGCCGACUACCCUGGGGGCCGCCUGCUGCGGACCCCUGGCCGGCUGCCGCCUGAUGAGCUCAGCCCCAAGGUGGAUGGCAAUGUCAACAGGCAGAAACUGGUCGCUGCGCUGGGCACCUAUGCGGCUCGGAAGCCCCCGGCACUCCACGGGGAGGGUGACCCGUGGCCACGAAACCCGCUGCACACGCCGUGGAAAACACCAAGGGUCCUUUCUACACCGGCAGACCCCCGGAAGUGGCCUUCGCCUCCAGGAGACUCCAAAGCCUCCCCAGCCACGGGCGAUGAAACGCUUAUCCAGAGCCUAUUGAAGGACCUAGGACAGCAGCCGGACCUCGACGAGAUGGCCCGGGUGAUCGCCUCCGCCGUGCAGGCUGUGGAGGCAGAAGGGGAGCCGCGAGGUGUCGAGAAAGGAGCCACAGGAGAGCCGAGAGAGCCCAGCGUUGGCCAGCCAGGUGCAGGCGUGCCAGGUGACAGAGUGCCGGGCGGUGGAGGCGGAGUUUAUGAAGAGGUCAGUCGUUCGAGCCUUGAACUUGGGGACCGCCUGCAGGAUCCUGGCUCCCACCUCUCUCCUGCCAUCCUGCCUCCUACGGAGCCCUUCAAAAUGGAGGCAAAGAAGUCGGAGGCCCCCGAGACCCCUGCGACUUGGGAGGAGGAGAGCGCCGGGGUGGAGGACGUGAGGAGUCAGACCUACUCCAAGGAGCGGCUGCAGAGGCCGCCUCCCGCAGCGCCCGGGAUGCGCGGCUUUGGCGAGUUCCAGCCCCGGGUUCCCCGGCCCUCGCUGGAAGAUGCCCGCCUCGCGGCCGGAGCCCAGGGACGUGCCGGGGAAGGCCUGCGGCUGGAGGUCCAGCCUGCCCAGGAGGACCACGGCUACAUCGUGACCGGGACUGACCCCCUGAGCCCAGAAAAGGGGAAGGAGCUGAUGGAGGACGUGGCGCGACUCCUGGAGGUGCCGAUGAGCGUCUUCACAGACAUCGCUGUUCUGGGCCCAGCCGUGACCUUCCGAGUGAGCGCCAGCGUCCAGAACAUGACGACGGGAGAUGUCGCGCAGGCAGCAGUUGACAACAAGGGCAAGCUGGAAAAAGCGUCCGGACUGGAAAUCCUUCAGGCGGGCAGCGGGCCGAAAAGCAAACUCAAGCUCCUGCCUCGCCGGGCGGAGCAGGAAGACUCGACCCCGUUCGUGGUGCUCACCCUGGUGUCCGUCGUGGCCAUGGUGGGGGUGCUCCUGGCCUCCGGGGUCAUCUACUGCCUGCGCCACACCUCCCGCUCCGGGCUGCACGACAAGCUCUCGGGACCAGGGGACCGCCCGGGCCCGGACGCCACGGCCGCCUACCAGGAGCUGUGCCGGCAGCGCAUGGCCACGCGCACGUCGGAGCGCCCGCCCACGGCCCGCGUCAGCAGCGUGUCGUCCGCGCUCAGUGACGGGCCGGCGCCCAGCCCCUCUGCGCGGAGCAGCACGUCGUCCUGGUCAGAGGAGCCGGUGCAGCCGCACAUGGACAUCUCCACCGGCCACGUGGUCCUGGCCUACAUGGAAGACCACCUGAAGAACAAGAACCGGCUGGACAGGGAGUGGGAAGCGCUGUGCGCCUACCAGGCGGAGCCCAACAGCUCGCUCGUGGCCCAGAGGGAGGAGAACCUGCCGAAGAACCGCUCCCCGGCAGUGCUGACCUACGAUCACUGCAGGCUCCUGCUGAAGCCGGAGAACAGCCACAGCAAGUCGGACUACAUCAACGCCAGCCCCAUCAUGGAUCACGACCCCAGGAACCCUGCCUACAUCGCCACCCAGGGACCGCUGCCUGCCACCGUGGCCGACUUCUGGCAGAUGGUGUGGGAGAGCGGCUGCGUGGUCAUCGUCAUGCUGACCUCCCUCUCGGAGAACGGCGUCCGGCAGUGCUACCACUACUGGCCAGAUGAAGGCUCCAACCUCUACCACAUCUACGAGGUGAACCUGGUCUCUGAGCACAUCUGGUGUGAGGAUUUCCUCGUGAGAAGCUUCUACCUGAAGAACCUUCAAACCAACGAGACGCGCACCGUUACCCAGUUCCACUUCCUGAGCUGGUGCGACCGCGGGGUGCCUUCCUCCGCGAGAUCCCUCCUGGACUUCCGCAGAAAAGUAAACAAGUGCUACAGGGGCCGUUCUUGUCCAAUAAUUGUUCACUGCAGUGACGGCGCGGGCAGGAGCGGCACCUACGUCCUGAUCGACAUGGUUCUCAACAAGAUGGCCAAAGGCGCGAAGGAGAUUGAUAUCGCCGCGACCCUGGAGCACUUGAGGGACCAGAGGCCCGGCAUGGUCCAGACAAAGGGCCAGUUCGAGUUUGCGCUGACGGCCGUGGCGGAGGAGGUCAACGCCAUCCUCAGGGCCCUCCCGCAGUGAGCAGGCUGGGAGGCGCCCGCACCGGAACGAUGGUGACGAGUCUUCGGUAACUGCCCGGUCAGUGCGGUCGGUGCAGUUUACCGGUUAAAAUGUGCAUUUUCGUUCAACCAAAUCACAGUAAGGAGAGAUUUGUGGAAUCAUCCAAUUACACGGGGCAAUCACUUUA